AUGCCGACCCUCUCCUCCUCCAUCAUCAAGCACCCGCUAACCAUCGUCCUCCUCGCCAUCGGAAUAAUGGCCUUCGCAAUGCCGUCCUUCAUCUCGCGCCUUUUCCGCCCGCUCUCGUCCAGCACGCGCAUGGGCAUCACCUCGGACGGUAGCUCUGGCCCCGCACGUGUACAGAUCCCCGAUGGCGCCGAGAAGGCUACCAUCGCGGCCGGCUGCUUCUGGGGCGUUGAGCACAUCUACCGCAAGCACUUUGGCGGAAAGGGGCUGUAUGACGCGCGCGUGGGCUAUGUGGGUGGCGACACGAGUAACCCGACGUACAAGGCCGUGUGCUCGGGGCGGACUGGACACACCGAAGGCCUCCAGAUCCACUACGACCCGGCCAAGAUAACAUACCGCCAGAUCCUCGAGUUCUUCUACCGCAUGCACGACCCGACAACGGUGAACCGCCAGGGGCCCGAUGCCGGGACGCAGUACCGGAGCGGCAUCUACUUCCACAACGAGGAGCAGGAGAAGGUGGCCAAGGAGGUGACGAGGCAGGCCAACGACCAGUGGUACAAGGGCGGCAUCGUCACCGAGAUCGUGCCCGCGGGGCCGUGGUGGGAUGCCGAGGAUUACCACCAGCUCUACUUGAACAAGAACCCCUGGGGCUACGAGUGUCCUAGCCAUUACCUGAGGCCGUUUGAGCCGUUGCAGUGA